AUGAUUCAGGGGGCGCUGGUGCGGUGGAGCGUGGAGAAGCCGGAUGGGCCGCAUCCGCCGACGUGCGUGCUCAUACACGGCAUCUUAGGGUCGAGAAGGAACUUACAAUCGUUCGCGAAGAGGUUGGCGGAGCGUUUUCCGUCGUGGCAGUUCUUAUUAGUAGAUUUAAGGAACCACGGGGAGUCGAACUCGGGGAUGUACAAGGAGGCGAACGCGGGGACGGAGAACACGGUGCAAAACGCGGCGAGAGACGUGUUGGGCGUGCUGAAUCGUUUAAAGAUAUAUCCGUACACCCUGAUCGGGCACUCGUACGGGGGUAAGGUGGCGAUGAGCAUGGUGCAUCAGUUCGGUCGAGCGCUGCCGCGUCCAGUGCAGGUUUGGGUGCUCGAUACCGUUCCGGGGGACGUGUGGUGCGACGACGUGGGCGACCAUCCGCGCGAUACGAUUCGAUUCUGCACGACGCUCUCGCGUCCGAUCGACAGUCGGCGCGCGCUUGUGGAGUCUCUCACGGGUGCUGGAUUCACGAUAGAGGGGGCGCAGUGGAUGACGACGAAUCUCAAGGCGG